GUUACAGACGCGUCCUCCCAGGAAGGUCACCUCUCGGAGCAGGAACAGUCGCCCCAGGGAGAAAAUGACAACGUCUUUCUCAUCAGGGCACAAGGAUUCCCCUUCUCCUGCACCGAGGAAGACGUGCUCAACUUCUUUGAUAACUGUAGAAUUCGAAAUGGUGAGAACGGCAUCCACUUCCUCUUAAACAGCGAUGGGAGACCCAAGGGGGAUGCCUUGAUCGAGCUGGAGUCGAAAGAGGACGUCCAGAGAGCCUUGGGAAAGCACCUGAGGUACAUGGGCCCACGCUACGUGAAAGUUUUUGAAGUACACGAUAGCGACGUUGAGGGCUUACUACGAAACCUGCAGGACGAGUCACAAGCCAUAAAAGAUGGAGUUGUACUACUCAGAGGCCUUCCGUUCAGCUCCACUGAGGAAGACAUCACAGAUUUUUUCUCAGGUUUGACAAUAAUUGACAUAGCUUUUGUGUACCGGGGAGAACGAAGGUCGGGAGAAGCUUUUGUGCAGUUUGCAGCUCCUGACAUGGCAGCGAAAGCCCUGUUACGACACAAGGAGUACAUUGGAAAUAGGUACAUCGAAGUGUAUGUAAGUAGGAAGCAUCACAUGCAAAGGCACAUGCCCUACGACAGGCGGAUGGCGACCUACUCCAGAAUGAGAAAAGAAUGUGAAUCCCUUUCGGAAGGAAGGGGAUCGAGCGACACGGGAAGCUCCGAUGCUGAAAGAGAAAACAAACUGCACAGCAAAGAAACAGAGAGCUCCAGGCACGUUUUGGAAUCUGGGAAGGUCUCACUGUCACCACACUUUGUCCACAUGCGGGGUUUUCCUACCCAAGCUAGCACCCAAGACAUCAUCAACUUCUUCGCUCCGCUGAAACCCACCAGGAUCAUGAUAGAAUACGACUCCCACGGCGAUGCCACGGGAGAAGUGGACGUGCAUUUCGAGAGCCGUGAGGACGCCGUGGCUGCAAUGGCCAAGGAGGGGUCGCAGCUGCGUAAGUAA